AAAAUAGUCAUUCCAACCCGCUUGGGAGCUCGGGACAAGUAAAUAGCGACUAAUAAUAAUUUGUGGUGGAGCGUAAGACUAGUUUCAAUAACUUGUAUUCCUGUUGCCACAGCAAGUGUCAAACGAACCUUCCAUUUCUUUCUCACGAACGACCAAUCCCCUGUUUCUUCUAAUUCUCCUUCCUCCAUUCUAGCUUUCACCUUGCGUCCAUUUCCCCCUCUCUUUUCGCCUAACCAUCAUAUCAUAGCUAUAAUUAUGAUGCUCAAAGCUCAGCCACAUUAAUCGCUAGCUAGGUGGCUGAGUGCGUCCAUUUCCCCCUCUCUUUUCGCCUAACCAUCAUAUCAUAGCUAUAAUUAUGAUGCUCAAAGCUCAGCCACAUUAAUCGCUAGCUAGGUGGCUGAGAGUAACCAAACAACGUAAACAGCUCAGCAUUAUUCCCCAUUCCUACCCCUAAUUGAUUAGUGGUGCUGAUAUUUGACGAUUCAUUCAUUGCUGCCGCCAGCUCCUGCUAUGGAUAAUCUAAUAUCGUUGGUGAACAAGAUACAAAGAGCAUGUACAGCGUUAGGUGACCAUGGCGAAGAGAGUGCCUUGCCUACUCUUUGGGAAGCGCUGCCAGCCAUUGCCGUCGUUGGUGGCCAGAGUUCUGGAAAGUCAUCAGUGUUGGAAAGCAUUGUUGGAAAAGAUUUUUUACCUCGUGGAGCAGGGAUCGUUACUCGACGACCCCUUGUGUUGCAGCUUCAUAAGAUUGACGAAACAAGAGAAUAUGCAGAGUUUAUGCACCUUCCAAGAAAGAGAUUCACUGACUUCGCUGUUGUUAGGCAGGAGAUUUCUGAUGAGACCGAUCGGGAGACAGGUCGCUCCAAGCAAAUCUCCACAGUUCCGAUUCAUCUCAGCAUUUUCUCUCCAAAUGUUGUGAACUUGACAUUGGUUGAUCUUCCUGGACUGACGAAAGUGGCUGUAGAGGGUCAACCUGAGAGUAUUGUGCAGGACAUAGAGAACAUGGUUCGGUCCUAUAUCGAAAAGCCAAAUUGUAUAAUUUUGGCCAUUUCCCCUGCUAAUCAAGAUCUUGCUACAUCUGAUGCAAUAAAGAUUUCUCGUGAAGUUGACCCUAGAGGGGAGAGGACAUUUGGGGUAUUGACCAAGAUUGAUCUUAUGGACCAAGGUACCAAUGCAGUUGAUAUCCUGGAAGGAAGAUCAUAUAAGCUUCAGUUUCCAUGGAUCGGCGUUGUGAACCGCUCCCAAGCUGACAUCAACAAAAGUGUGGACAUGAUUGCUGCUCGGCGCAGAGAGCGUGAAUAUUUCCAGAGCAGCCCAGAAUACAGACAUCUAGCUCAAAGGAUGGGUUCGGAGCAUUUAGGGAAGAUGCUCUCAAAGCAUCUGGAACAAGUCAUCAAGUCACGAAUUCCUGGGCUCCAAUCUCUUAUCAACAAAACCAUCGUCGAGUUAGAGACAGAGUUGAGUCGUCUUGGAAGACCUGUCGCUACCGAUGCUGGUGGGAAGUUAUAUAUGGUGAUGGAAAUUUGUCGAGCUUUUGAUCAAAUAUUCAAAGAACAUCUUGAUGGCUCACGUUCAGGCGGUGAAAAAAUCUAUCAAGUAUUUGAUAAUCAGCUUCCUAGUGCUUUAAAGAGGCUGCACUUCGACAAACAACUGUCGCUAGACAAUGUGCGAAAGCUCAUCACUGAAGCAGAUGGAUACCAGCCGCAUCUAAUAGCUCCCGAGCAAGGCUAUCGUCGUCUUAUUGAGUCCAGUUUGGUAACCAUCAAAGUUCCUGCUGAGGCAGUUGUUGAUACGGUUCAUGGUAUACUCAAGGACAUGGUUCAUAAGUCUAUUAACGAAACCCAGGAACUGAAACAAUACCCUACCUUAAAAGUGGAAGUUAGCAACGCCGCCAUCGAAUCUCUAGAGAGGAUGAAGGAAGAAAGCAGAAGAGCAACUCUCCAGCUAGUUGACAUGGAAUGUUGUUACUUGACCGUUGAUUUCUUUCGGAAGCUACCGCAAGACAUUGAGAAGGGCGGAAAUCCUACGCAUUCCAUCUUUGAUCGCUACAAUGAUGCUUACCUCAGACGUGUUGGGAGCAACGUAUUGCAAUAUGUGAACUUGGUUUGUGCAAGCUUAAGGAACUCCAUUCCCAAGUCAGUUGUGUACUGUCAAGUAAGGGAAGCCAAGCGAAGUUUACUUGAUCAUUUCUUCGCGGAGUUGGGUAAGAGGGAGACGAGACAAAUGAGCUCUUUGCUGGAUGAAGAUCCGGCAGUGAUGCAACGACGAACCUCCCUUGCAAACAGGCUAGAAUUGUACAGGAGUGCUCAAGUAGAGAUCGAUGCAGUUGCUUGGUCUAGAUAGAUAGACACACAGAUAUUGAUUAAGGCAUAAUAUUGUUUGGACCUGCUCACAGGAUUUUUUUAGUGACUGUCGGUUCGACUUGUUUUCUUGGGUUUGCAUGUUAAUGAUUUGGAAAUCAGUGACAAAACACCUAAUGCCAAUUUAUUCACGUAUUUUUGUGUUCAUUCAUGUCAUUUGUUGUGUAUUCACGUAAGAGUGUAAGUUAUUCACGUAAAUGAAAAUUCAGACUUUUUCCCCUAAUAGUUUGUAUUGGCUAUAUUUUAUGGAAUUAAAUUUGAAUUCUCAAUUAGUUUGUAAACUAACUUUGUUCCCGGCCAUUGGCCGGGUUAUUUUUAUCCUUAUUAAUCAUUUGAAAUCACAUUUAAAUUAUAAUCAUAUGCGGUUAUAUCAAUAAAGUGAAAAGAUCACA